UGCUUUUUCACCAUCAGAAUGCUUUGUCGCUCCAUCUUUCUCGCUCGACAGUGCCAGCCCAGCCGAUGGACGCGUGGCCUAAAACAAGACGUAUCGUACCGCGUCAUCAGCUCCUUGGACCCCCGGCACAUUCAACGCUCCGACUACGUUGUUCUCUCUGACUUGAUCUUCAUCAGCUUCAACCUGCCGUAUUCUUCACCUCCUGGAGAGCCAUCCCAGACUCGGACCAGCGUCAAAACUGUGUACUCCGCUAGACGCACCAACGGCGCCCGUGAGAUCCUGCCCUUCCCACCGCAAACUCGGGGCUUCUUCUACUGGGACCCGUGUCUUGAUAUCUCGCACUCCGGUCUCGCGGGCGGUCUCAAACUCCGCCUCAGCCCGUCAGAUGAUGAUCCGGCACGUGCGUUUGCAGAAGGGGAGGACCUGCGGUUCCCGGCCCCUUCCGACCGGGUUUGGAUUCGCACGCUCCCCGCGGUCGCUUCGCGUAAGGCAUUCGUGCAGCUUACAUCGCACCUCGUCAACACGGGCCUCGUCAGUGCGGAGGAUCUUGAUUUCUUCCGCCGGACGUUUCCGGAGCACACGGCGAUCUCCAACCGCGCGUCGUUUUUGUAUCGGCUAGGGCAGAGCUUCCUACUCGAUCUUGGCCAGCCGAAAUUCACUGUGAAUGUUAUUUCUCUCGGACGGCGGGUCGUAUUCCCCGGGAUCAGGUCUGCGUUAUACCGAGCGCCUACGAAGAACGACAUCGGAAAUGUUCCAGUUCCUUCGUGCCUGGUCCGAGUUCAUUACGAACUGCUGUCUACGUCCUCCCCGUUUUCGUCCCCCAAUCUCACCCUUGGACUUCGGAUAGAGUCAGUUGUUACGCCAUUUAUCCCACACCCAACCAUUCUCAUUGCGCCACCCGUUGCCGGCCGAUUUUUGCACACCUGGGAUCCGGCCACCCACAAGGCGCAGGUCUGGUCCACGCGCCCCAGAGAGGCCCGGCAGCAGGUCUUCGAAGCUUUGUUGGAGGAGGAGGUUGCUCAUCACGCUAGCGGUGGUCAAGCUCUUGGUCUAUGAUCAAAAUAGUAUUGCAAUGAAUUAUACCCACGUGAAAAGAUGACGGACUCAAUUGCCGAAAGAAACCGG